AUGGUGACUGGAAUACUGUCUGGUAAUCAUAAGGUCCUUGGGGUUUCCAUUCCCUUAAACACUAUUGAACCUGAUAGUGUUACUUAUCAAGAAAAUAUUGAGUCUUUAGGAAAGAAUAUCUCUGAUGAUAUUGAGCAAACUAAUGCUCAUAAGGAGUCAAAUGUUGACAAACCCUUAGGUAAUGUGGCUGGUGAGGAAGUUCAUGUCACUCAUGAUGUCAGUAACAACCCUACCUGUGAGGCUGAAACAGUAGACCUGGAUGAAUUUUCUGAUAAUGAGUUGUUGUCCUCAGUCCUCCCUAGCAUAGCCAAAAGGGUUAGGACUAGGAGAGAAAAGAAAACAGUGGCUCAAAGGUCCCCCAGAAAGAAGAUUGAUGUUCCAACCUCUUCCAAGACAAAGGUGGCAGUCGAGAGUUCCCUCAAGAGGAAAGUUCAUGGUCCAACCAAAUCUUGGAGCAAAGGGGUGCCCAAGAAAAAGAAGACCAAGUCUGUUGUUGUUGAGUCUGACUCAGAUGCUUCAUGUGAUGUCCCUGACACUUUGUCAAAGAAGAACCAACCACUAGCAAGCUUGCAGCUAGUGUCCCUGAGGUGGAAAUAUGUUUAUCAGAAGAGGCUGGCUUUGGAAAGGGAAUUAGCUCAGAAUGUCCUAGACUGUAAGGAUAUUAUGGACCUUAUUCAAGAGGCUGGUUUAAUGAAGAUUGUGACUCAGUUCUCAAAGUGCUAUGAGAUGUUGGUGAAGGAAUUUAUUGUUAAUUUGUCUGAAGAAUAUGCUGAUGGCAAGUCUAAGGAAUUCAGGAAAGUGUAUGUGAGAGGCAAGUGUGUAAAUUUCUCUCCCUCAGUGAUCAACAAGUAUUUGGGAAGGCCUGAUGUAGCUCAACCUGAGCUUGAGAUUGGAGCUGCUAACUGGGUGCCCACCAAUCAUAAAUCUACAGUUGCUGUAAUGCUUGGAAAGUUUAUAUAUGUUGCUGGAACCAAGGCCAAUUUUGACUAUGGCUCCUAUAUUUUUGAUCAAACUUUGAAGCAUGCAGGAAGCUUCAGUGUGAAGGGUCCUAUAGCCUUUCCUUCUCUCAUUUGUGGUAUUGUUUUGAAUCAGUUUCCAAACAUCUUAAUAGAGAAUGAUUCUGUGAAGAAAAGAGACAGCCCUAUGUCCUCCAAUCAUAAGUUGUUCCUAGGUACCCAUGUCCCUGACAUUGUCAUGACAACAGGUGAGACAUCACGUGUAAGCAAACAACCAGGUAAAGCCGAUGUCAUUGCAAUGCUCAAAGAAACUUGCAGGGAGUUAGAGGCAAGGAAGCUGAACUUGGAAAAAUUGAUCAGCACUUUGGAGAUGACUGAAGGUGAUGUGCUUGGUGAAGCUGUUGCUGUUGCAGAAGAAGCUGAAAGACGGGGUGAAGAGGGAGAAGCAGAUGCCAGUCCUGAUGAUGGCACAGAUGAUGAUGCUGACUCUGAGUCAGAUAACUAG